UGAGAGAGUGUGCGUGUGUGCUCUGCUGUUGCUGCCCUUUGAUCCCUGCAUUAGUGUUAGUUAGGGGCUCGGAGACACACACUUACAGAGAGCAGCCAUAGUCAAGACACGGCAACAACAACAGCACCUCCUCCUCUACUCUUCCCUGUUCCCAACAAUACACUUAACCGAGGACAGCCAGGUGCACGACAAGUCCCUGCCAUCAGGCUCCCUCGCAAAAUUUCAAUGGGAAAAGACCUUUUUUCUUCUUAUCCCUAAACAAGAAGGAGAAUGUGAUAAAAGGGGGAAAAUGCCAAGGAGGAAACAGGAGCAACCCAAGCGCCUGCCUUCGCAUGUGGACACGGUAGAGGAUGGAGGGCCAGAGGGGGGCUCAGUAGAGGAGGACAGCUGGUUUGGGAAUACCUCAGACAGCCCCUCUGAAUCGUCCUACGGUGAUGUGCAAGAUGAGCUGCGGGUUUCCCCGGACGAUGUUCCCCGACCGGACCACGACACCUCAGCCGAGAGCUCCCUGGGCUGCCCGACACCAGUUCAGCGGGCUUCCCUGGAGCUGCUGGGACUGGACAGUGUGAUCCUCUCGACCCAGGACAUGCUUUCCUCGGAGGUGUCCUCUCUUUAUGGAGACUCCAGCCAGGCCCUGGGCAAGCCCCUCAGCAGCAACCUGCGGCGUCUCCUGGAGGAUGGCUCACUGAAGCUGGAGGGAGGCGACCUGAGUGGGCAUGGAACGGGAAGAGGACCAGAGUCGCCCCCGGUCAGCUUGGUACUAUCUCCAUCUUCACAUCAUGCACAGCAGCUGAGUGCCCUGGCGAGGAGGUUGGCUAACAGCAGCAGCAACAACAGUGGCAACUCGAACUCUGCAUCACCUGCAUCUGUAGCAACUGUCAAGCAGGAGCCCUGUGACCCAUAUGGCCCCAGCAAUGGCCCUAACUCAGGCAGCAGUGGCUUCGUAUGGGUAGGUGUUGCAGAUAAAUGGCCGUCAACUAGUUGCUCAGCACCCAGUGGCAGCAGCCUAUCACCAGACUCAGCUAUCCAGAAGUUAAAGGCAGCCGCCAACGCUGUGCUCCAAGACAAGAGUGCGGUGGCCUCCUCCACCUCGGCGUCUUCAUCCUCCUCUUCCUCCUCAUCAUCCUCUUCAGUCACCUCCUCCUCAAUGGCAGCCCUAGGCACUCGCUCUGAUGACGCAGUGCGCUUUGAACCGUUCGCUUCACCCUUCAGUCCGCAGUCAGCCAGCUCCACGCUUGCUGCCCUCUCAAAGAAAGUGUCUGAAAGAAGUCAGCAGCAGGUGGGCUCAUCUGAGCAUCAACCCUCAGCUGGCUCCUUUCUCUCUCUGGUUUCCAUGACCUCCUCAGCAGCUCGGCUAAAGGAGGUGGCCGCACGAGCAGCAGGGAACCUUCUAGCUGAUAAGAAAGAGCCGGCAUUAGUACUGGGAGCCUCUGAAGAUGUCAAGCCCCUGUUAGACAGGAACCAGAAGGUGCCCACCCCAACCCAGGCCAUAGAUCUUCUGCUGCCAACAAUCCCCAAGGGAAGGGCCAAGCCCAGCAGUCAAGCAGGUUCUCCUGAGGAUGGAGGGAAGCCCUUCCAGUGCCCGGUGUGCGGUCUCGUCAUCAAGAGAAAGAGCUACUGGAAGAGACAUAUGGUGAUCCACACAGGCUUAAAAAGUCACCAGUGUCCCCUCUGUCCCUUUCGCUGUGCUCGUAAAGACAAUCUCAAGUCCCACAUGAAGGUCCAUCAGCACCAAGACCGAGGGGAGACUUUCCAGUGUGAGCUCUGCCCCUUCACAUCCUCCCGCCACUUUAGCCUCAAGCUGCACAUGCGUUGCCAUCAGCACUUCCCCCGUCCCGAUCUCAAAGUCAAAGAAGAACCCGGCACAGACACAGAGGAGGGCGAGGGCUUGCUCAUGGGGGACGGUGGAGACACUGGUGAUCAGGUUAUGAACACCGAUGCUUCCACAUCUCCCACUGUGAGCCAACCUGAUGGUCGUUUGCUGGCCUCCCCUGCAGAACCCUCGAACCACGUCCAGAUCAAGGAGGAACCCCAGGAGAGGGAUGUGUCUGUGAUGUCUCCCUUUGCCCUGUGUAGGGAGCGACCCAGCAGCAGCAGCAGCUCUCUGGAUCUGCCUGGGCUCAAAUCCAGUCCACCGGGGCCUGGACCUACAGCUGCCUCGCUCUUCAGCCCAGAUAUCACCACCAAGACGGCUACGGACCUUCUCAUAAAGCUUUCAGGAUGA